GUCGCCGGCCACGUGACCUCUGCUAGUCUUCGGUUCCCAUCGGGCAGGUUGCCUACCAGACAACGGUGGCGGGGGAGGGACAAAAAGGUGGCCGCGCUCCAACAUUUUGAUGCGUCUAUGGGAGUCUCCCUCCCCGCGCCCCCGCUUGGCAUUGCCCGUCCCGGGCAGGAGGCCGCCGCCACCGCCGCCUCCUGCUGCAAGGACAGGCGUGCUGGGAGGGAGCCCCUUUUGCAUCGCGCUUAGGGGGCAGCCGGCUUGGCUUCCUAGCAGGCUGCACUGCAGACACAGGACAGCCCGUUCAUGGGGCGGAGUUAGGAGGGUCUAGGGCGAGGAGGAGGGGGAGCCUCUCCUCCCUCCGCCCCUCCCCGGGCCUGAUCCUGCACGCGGAGCUCCCCGGCUCCUCCUUGCUCCUGCGCGCCAGGAAGCCGCUGCUGCACGCACGAACAUUUCUGUACUCCCAGAAAAUAUGGCUGAAUCUCAAGUUGGUUCUGGGAAGGUGGCUCUGUUCCGCCAAGAGAAACGAGGGGGCAUCACAUAUCGCAUCCCAGCCCUGCUCUAUUUGCCCACCGAGUCCACCUUCCUGGCAUUUGCGGAGAAGCGUUCAUCGCCCAAAGAUCAUCACGCUGAGUUCCUGGUGUUGAGGCGUGGGCGGAAGGAAGCAACAUCCGUCCAGUGGGGCCCACAAGAGUCUCUGCAGACAGCUGUACUGCCCAACCACCGGACCAUGAAUCCUUGCCCAGUGUAUGAGAAAAGCAGUGGCACUGUUUUUCUCUUCUUCAUCUGUGUGCAGACCCACAUUUCAGAGGGUCACCAGAUCAGGACGGGGAAGAACGCUGCCCGGCUGUGCUACGUCUUUAGCCGAGAUGGAGGCCGCACCUGGAGUCAGACGACAGACCUGACGGAGGAGGUGAUUGGAGAGGACUUGGUCAACUGGGCCACCUUUGCUGUUGGGCCCGGCCACGGGGUGCAGUUGAGCUCCGGGCGCCUGGUGAUCCCAGCGUACACCUACUAUAUCCACAAGUCUUGCUUUGGCCACCCGGUUACCUUGUGUACCAAGCCUCAUAGCUUGAAUUUCUACAGCGAUGACGGUGGGCGGACCUGGGUGCGAAGCCCGCUGCUCGAGAACUUGAGGACCACGGAGUGCCAGGUUGCUGAGCUGACCUGUGAGGAUAAUAGCCGGGUCUUGUACUGCAGUGCUCGCAGCCCUGAGAAGUACCGGGCUGGGGCCUUCUGCCGGGACACAGAACACCGAUUUGAGAAGCCCGCCCUAUGCAAGGAGCUGUGUGAGCCGCCAAAUGGCUGUCAGGGCAGCGUGGUGAGUUUCUCACCAGUGCUGGCGCCCUCGGAGCUGGGCCACAAAGACGACACGGGGGAAUCGACUCGUCUCCUGGGCCUUCAUCCCUCCUCCAAGAACUCCAAGUCGUGGCUGAUUUUCUCCCAUCCCACCUGCGGACGUCAGCGUCUGGAUCUGGGCAUUUAUCUGCAUACCUCCCUGUUGGAGGAGGGUCCCUGGAGAGCUCCCUGGGUGCUGUACAAAGGGCCCAGCGGCUAUUCAGACCUGGCCGUAUGUGAGGAGGAGAAGCCGCUGCUGUUCGGCUGCUUGUUUGAGUGUGGCGUGUCCUGCGAAUGCGAGGAGAUCGCCUUCCAUCUCUUCACAGAUGCUGAGCUCCUGAAGAACACGGCAGAAGUUUGCUCCUGUGCAGUUUCUACCUUGCAGGCGUAAGUGCCUUUAACUAAACUCAGGAUAUUCAGCACCUGAGGGCCGAAACAUCUUCCCCUGCCUGCUCCAUGUCCACUUGAGUCAAUGGCUUAGAUUUAGGAAGCUUAGGGAUUUUAUUUUAUUUAUCUUAUCUAUGUAUGUAUCCAAUUUCUAUACUGGUUUUCUUCACAGUAGCGCCUAAAGCAGUGUACAAGUAAUAAAAACCAUUAGCCAAAAAUACACACAAAAUUUAUAAACGUAAUAAAAAUGGACCCCAGCAACAUAUUAAAGGAGAAGGUCAAUCAACAAAUUAGAAAUAUAACAGGGAUGGCACCACAUCGAAAUGAACUGAAGGAAGGAUGGCACCAUGAUAAUUUAUUACUCAAAAGUAAUAGAAGUAUAUAAAACUUCUUUCCAAUAAGUAAUGCACAAUUUCCCCUGAGGAAGAGGUUUCUACCUCAAAACAUGCUGAGUAAAAAUCAUUGUCACACCAUACCUCCUUCCUUCCAAUCAACAAAUUAGAACAUCUGGCCUCCUAUCUUCUUCUUCUUCGCAAGAGACUUGAGUGGUUUCCUUCCAAACAGAAAACCAGGAGAUACAUAUUUUUAAAGAAGUAAAUACGCAGGACCUCCCACCUAUGCCACUGUAAAGAGUAUAAUCUGCUGCUUCCACAUCCUUAAACUGCUGACGGGAAAGGGAGGCCUGGCAGUUUACAGUUCUAAGUUUCUUUGUGUUGUGGUUUUAACUCAUGGUUUGCACAUACAUUAGCUUUGAAACCUCAGAAGUGGAUGAGAUGAAGGGUCUUGGUGUCUCUGCCUCAUCAGAUAACUGGCAAAUCACCAUCUGGGGUACAUCCAACUCUGAAUGAGACCCCAAGUGCACUGCCUCUGUGUUGAAAUAUUUAUAGUGGAACUCUUGGUAUCCGUUGGAGUUGCUGGUGUCGAAUGGAUGCCAUGAGCCCAGCUCAACACAUGGGCUAUCUCGGGGGAUGUCUGCACUACAAACUUGCAUUGUGGGGAUUCUCAGCCACUUUGCACCCCAGAUCCUCAAGUAUUAGCUGUGGGGGGACCCCCGCAAUAUAUUUAAUAUAUUUCCAUAUUUGUCCAGUGAUAGUUAGGGGCGGGGGGGAAUAAGUACUGUACUCAUCAUAGUUAUUUUCAAGAACUUUAUGCUGGCUCCUUUUUUAUGUGUUGCUGGGAAAGGCUGGGAACUACUAGAACUUGUUACAUCCAGAUCUCUCUUGUCAACAGUGGAGGUGUAAUUAAAAUUCAGAAAAUGUAAAGAACGUGCUCUAUUUAACGAUAAAUGAAGUUUUGAGGAGCUGCCUUUAAAUGAAGUUUUAAUUUUCCAGAGACCACCUGGACUUGGCCCAUGGAUGGUUCCCCAGGUUAAAAUUCCUUAUAUUGGGUUUAUAUUGUCACGACUUCUCCCAAAGAAUCCUGGGAAUUCUGCUUUGAUGAGGGACAAUUAAAUCACUCAUUGUCCUCAGUGAAUUACAACUCCCAGAGUUUUCUAGUGGAGAGGAAAUGGCUAUUAGGGAUGUGCAAACCGGCUCGAGGUCAAGCCUAACCCUAACAUCGGACAAAUGGCCAGGGCACAUGUGCAGCUCCAAAAUGGCCAUCGCGAUCACGGAGAGGGCUGAAAUGCCCCCCAAAUAGGCCAAACCAUCUCAUAGAAGAGGAGGCCAGUGGGAGGAGGGGAAACCCUUGGGGACACCCCUCACGGCCACAGCAGCACCUCCCAGAGGCUGCCAGUACAUUUUUCACUUUCAGAACCCCGAACUGGCUUGAAUUUGAGCCGAGCCAGGGUUCUAGUUCAGGGGCACAAAACCGAACGUGCCCGGUCUGCUUCAAGUCUGGUUGGGACUUGAAUCGAACCAGGCAAACUAGUUUUGUGCACACCCCAAUGGCUAUUAAACCCUGUGCGGUAGGUCAGGUUGAGAGUGUGUGGCAGGUCCUUGCAGUUCAGCCAGUGGACUUUGUGACCGAGUUGGGGGGUUGAACUCAGGUCUGGCCUGGCUUAACCACUGCACCACCACACCGGCUUUCAUCCUGCAGUCCAAAAUGAUACAGGCCAGAAUCCAGCCACUAAUGCAUAGAUCUGCUCAGUUUUCAGUUGUCUGUGGAUUUUAAAUGCCCCACCACCACCACCACCCCGCCCUGCAGGCUUAUGAGGUCUGUGGUAUGAAUAGAUGGGUGACACACCCUUCUAAUCUGCUGCAGAAGCUGUGACUUGUAGUACUAGUAGUACUAGGCUGUUUCCCUUUUUUCACAGCUGUUCAGAAUCUAGCAGCUGUAGGCUCUGGUGCCGGUAAGACCCAUCAAGAUCUGUUUGUAGAUGUUGCAUGAAACUCUGAUACUAUCAGGUGUCUGCAGGAGUGUCUUUGUAUCAUGCACACAGUGCCAGCCUAUAGCCUAUUACUGGCCUCAGUGGUUGCUGCACACAAUCCAGGAUUACUGUGGGGGGUCCUUUGGGCACACUAACUCCUCCGAAUAGGAGGGAAAUUGGUUUUUCUGGUUGGCAUGCUACCAAAGGUGUAAUAUUCACUGUGGAACAGAUUUCAUGACACUAGAGACAUUCCCAAACGUUCUGCCUUAAGUGCCUUGUGGGUGGUGGUCGGUAUGCACUAAAUGCAAAAUUAUAUGGAAACGGUUGCCCUGAUAUCCAGAAAAACGUGUUUGAAUAAAGUUCUCUGGCUGCCUCA